GGGAUGUCUUCACGUCAGUCAUUCAUAAUGUAAAAAGGAGACAUUAACCAGCAUUCGUGAAGAAACUUGCAUGGAAGAAAACUAGAACUCAUUGAAAGAGAUGUGGAAGGGAAUCUACAUAACGGUGUAAGGAAAAAAGAAGAAAGAGGAAAAGGAAUGGAUCUCGGCUGACACAUGGAAACCAAUGGAGGAGAGGAAGAUGGUUGAGCAGAAGGUGAACCAGCGCAAGUGUGAACAACGAAAAGAGGAACUGAAUACAACCCAUGAGAAGCCGGAAAAAGAAGUGAAGAAGGGUGUGCACAAAGACAAAAGACACGUCCACGACACAUUGACAAGUGAAGCAGAACAGAUUGCAAGUAGGAGAGAACUGGCAACACUAUAUCAAAUAACCAGGUCAUGAUCUGGGAGGGAAGAGAUCAACACAGAUGAAAC